AUGUCAUCGGCGGUGAACAACUCGAAGACACUGGUGCUGUUCGACAUCGACGGCACUCUGACGCCAUCGCGACUGAGGAUCAGCCCAGAGAUGGAAGAGUUCCUGAAAGAUCUUCGCUCGAGAGUGUCUGUAGGACUGGUGGGCGGCUCCGACCUGUCGAAGAUUGCGGAACAGAUGGGCGGCGCGGGUGAGAACAGCGCGCAAUCUUCGUACACAAUCGUCAACCGAUACGACUACGUGUUCGCUGAGAACGGUUUGGUGGCCUACAAGAAGGGCUCGCUGUUGGCCACGGAGUCGAUCGCGGAGUUCGUGGGCGAACAGAAACUCCAGACGUUCAUCAACUUCUGUCUGCGGUAUAUGUCUGAAGUGGAACUGCCGGUCAAACGCGGAAACUUCGUCGAGUUCCGCAACGGUUUGGUCAACAUAUGUCCGGUGGGCCGGAGCUGUACGCAGAGGCAGAGGGAGGAGUUCGCCGCCUAUGACGCCAAACACCACAUCCGCCAGAAGUUUGUGGACGCACUGAACGCCCGGUUCGGUCAGGAGCUGAACCUCUGCUACGCCAUCGGCGGACAAAUCAGUUUCGACUGUUUCCCGAAGGGUUGGGACAAAACCUAUUGCUUGCGAUUCGUGNGUUGGGACAAAACAUAUUGCUUGCGAUUCGUGGAGAAGGACUUCGAUAAGAUCUACUUCUUCGGCGAUAAGACGGCGCCGGGAGGUAACGACUACGAGAUCUAUACGGAUCCGCGCACUAUCGGGUAUACCGUCCGGAAUCCCGAGCAUACCAUACAAAUCAUUAAGCAAUUGAAUUUCUGA